AUGGCUGACAUGCUGCGUUCCCCGACCUCUAUCCACCCGUCUCUGACCAAUCCUAAUAAUCCUCCUCUUCCCUCCAUUGAUGAAGCUUCACAACUCCCUCUUCCUGCAGAGGCUCUGUCUCACUCGUCUGCCAACGCAGAUGGAUUGACCAAGCCAGCCUUUGGGGACUCUCACCUGCGCGGAUUCUCCCACGGCUCCUUCAACUCGACCAGUUCUUUGGACCUCGACAAUGAUCCAUCAGAAUCUUCCUUCUCUGCUGCCACCACAGUAGGGCACAACUCGCCGAGCGACGCAUCAUCAGUCCCCUCGUCUCCAACUUUUUCGUCGAGGAAACCAGCUUUCAACCAUCGCAAGAACGCCCUCUCCGUCGAAUCCAUCCCUCGACAAACCAUUAUUAAAGCCUUGGCAUCUGCUGGGAGAAACCACAACAUUCAACAUCUAUCUCUCAACAACGCCAUGAAACCUUUACACUCCCACUCGGAUGCCCGGCCAGGCACUGCCACCUCCCAGCAGUUGUCUGCAGCCCUGUCAGAUCUUGCGCUCAGAAACGGCACACCUACAACCCCCCGCUUCACAGCAUUACAAUCCCCUUGCUUCUACCAUCAACGUUUCGACGAUGUCUUAAACAUUGAUAAGGUCUUGGAGGAGAUUAGAGGCAAUGAGUGGAUGUCACAUUCGCGACUAUUAGCAACCGCCACUGGAGUCCGAGAGAUAUCAAAACAACUUCAGCGUCGCCCAAUCAAACGAGCCGUCCGCAAUGUUAUGAUAAUCACCAAGGCCAGAGACAACCAGCUUGUCCAUCUUACCAGAGAAAUUGCAACUUGGCUCAUAACCACACCUCGAUAUGGAUCCGAUCUUGGAGUAAACGUCUAUGUUGAUGAGAAGUUGCGGAAUUCUAAACGCUUCGGCGCUGCCGAGAUACUUCAAUCAAAUCCCCGCUUCCAUCAUCUUCUAAGAUACUGGAGACCAGAGAUGUGCCGGAAUACACCGGAGAAGUUCGAUUUGGUUCUGACGCUUGGAGGUGACGGUACGGUACUGUUCGCGUCCACGUUGUUCCAAAGCAUUGUUCCUCCAAUCUUGUCAUUCAGUCUCGGAAGUCUAGGCUUCUUGACCAACUUCGAGUAUGACAAGUUCAAGGAAGAGUUGAACAAUGUGAUGGGUGAGGCAGGUAUGCGAGUCAGCAUGCGCAUGCGCUUCACAUGUACCGUCUACCGUGGUGGUGCAAAUGGAAAUGAUAUGGAAGAAGGAGACCAAUUCGAAGUUCUCAACGAGCUUGUCAUCGACAGAGGACCAUCGCCAUAUGUUUCCAGCUUGGAGUUGUACGGCGACAAUAACCUUCUCACAGUCGUCCAAGCAGACGGCUGCAUCUUCGCCACCCCUACUGGAUCCACUGCCUAUUCCCUAUCUGCUGGUGGCUCUCUUGUUCAUCCAGAUAUCCCAGGAAUUCUUCUGACGCCCAUCUGCCCCCACACACUCUCUUUCCGACCCAUGGUCCUCGCCGAUACCAUGCUUCUCAGAGUCUCUAUCCCUCGCAACUCUCGCGCUACUGCCUAUUGUUCCUUUGAUGGCAAGAAUCGCGUUGAGCUUAGACAAGGAGAUCACAUCACCAUCGCUGCAUCGCAAUAUCCUUUCCCUACCGUCAUGAAGUCACCUACAGAGUGGUUCGACAGUGUCUCCACAUCACUCAAGUGGAACACUCGAGGAGCAGCUCAGAAAGGAUGGGACGGUCUUGAAGAGAACAAGGAGGCCGAGACCGAAUGGGACAUUGAUUUCGACGAUUCAGCCUACGGCACUAGCGAAGACAAUAGUCAAGUCGCGAGUCCAACACGGAAAUCAACCUUGACGGACAAUUAG